AUGGCGACUUUAAUAGUACCUAGCUAUAACUCCCGUCUGAGAGACAAACAAAAGAAAAAAUACAGCGCUCAGUAUCCUAUAUGUACCGUGAUUGGGCCAGACGAAGGGCUGUUAAACGAUCAAUUUACAACUCAGUCCCCCCUUUCUGAGACCGAAGAAGGAAAACACAUCGGUGGAGCCACUAAGACAGAUACAAAGCCAAAGUCACUUUUCUAUGACGAAUGGUCACAACUACCGCCGGAUCCACGCGGCGCUGAGUUGGGUCGAGAGGCAAGAGUUUGGAAGGUAUAUGUAGGAGAAACGGAGAAGUGGGAUAAUGAGUUACUUGAAGGGUGGGAAAAGUCGCUGGAUGUUCUUCUGGUCUUUGUAAGCGCCCACAUCUAUAAAGCUGCGCUUUUAUCGGCCAUAAUAGCUACAUUCUUGGUUGAAAGCUCGAAUAUGCUCAAGGAAGAUCCCAAUGAAGUUUCAGCCACCGCUCUCGUCGCUAUCUCUCAGGCUCUAACCGCGCUCACUACGAAUAAUUCCUCUGCAGCUCCAUCAGGUCUUCCCUCACCCGAUCAGAACAACUCAUCCAACUUCGUUCCAUCAAAGAUCGACAUCUGGAUCAAUGCACUGUGGUAUUCGUCAUUCAGUCUUAGCAUUGCGACCGCGUUUAUGGCGAUGCUCGCCAAAGACUGGUGUUACUCCUUCAAAGCCAAGCGCACUGGACACCCCUAUGACCAAGCACACCGUCGGCAGCGCAAGUGGAAGAUGAUACAGCGUUGUGGAAUGCAGGAGGUCAUUGAAGCCCUUCCGUCUUUGAUGCAUUUGUCCUUAUUCCUGUUUUGCAUAGGGUUGUACCUCUACCUACUGGAUCUGAACAAUAUCGUUGCAAUCCUGGUCAUGUAUAUUGGUGGAACCUUUAUAGCCUUUUACAUACUGACCUCCAUAACUGCGACUUUUGUGGAGUAUUUCCCGUAUACCACAGUGAUCUCUAGGAUUCUGCGAUCACAAUAUAUGCAGAACAUCUACAAGUACAUAUCAAAGUCCCGAAUCCCAUAUACCGUGAUGCUUAUGGUCAAUACUAUCCGACUUUUAAUCAUGGGCAUAACCUUCGUUUCCUAUUGGAGCAUGGUCUGGCUCUUCUCAUGGCCCGCACAUCUUCUUCUCACCACAAUCGUAAAAGUCAAUCGGUGUUUCGUAAAGCGCUUCUCUAAGGAACAGACUGCCACGAAUGGUUUCGCCGACAAAAUCACCCGUAUCUUCCAGGAGAUAUACAAUUAUCUCUUAAUUUUACCAUUCAAGCUUGAUGCCUGCUACUCUGAUGUUAAAUCACAAAUAGCUAGAAAGGCAAAACGUUUUGAUCUGGCUGAAGAGCUAACGACUGUUCUUGCGCUCCGCUGGUUAAUCAAUCAUUGUGAAACCCCUAGUGCGGUCAACAUAGCCCUUCAGGCUAUCUCCGGGGCCAGGAAAGAGAUGCCAAAUGGACCGCUGCGUUCGUGCCAGGCGGCCCAGCAUAUAACAAGCCGCAUUGUUUCUGAAGGUGAUAAGGACGGGCUUUAUGCCCGAGGCCUCGAAUUUCUGGGGUGGGCUUCUAAAACCGAUUUGAUCGACGAUGAACAAAGCUCGGACGAAGAUUGGGUUGAAGAGGAAUGGCCCAAACAAGAAGCACUCGAACAAGAAGGGAUUGAAAAUGAAAGACGCGAAAAUGCCAACCAAGAGAACCACAAACAGAAUCUGAAGGACCACGAAACCCAAGAACAGUGGGAAAAGGGUAAACCCAGCGAAGAUAUCAUUCAUGUGAUGUUUUGGGAUCUAAACUCGAGGAAUGAACGCAAAGUCUUGAAUCGUCUCGGUGACAAAACCUUUGUGCCAAAUUCCACCAACAUUGAGGCAAUGACCCUCGGAAACGCUGCGGUAUUGCAUAGCUUGAACGCCGUCACAUCACACAAGUUACGCAUUAUCCCAUCGCAAAACGCAGAUCCCAGAUCUGUUAUUGAAAGAAUAGAUAUUUCCCAAAAGCUGAUACCGAUCACCAAGUUAUUCUCUGCUCACUUGCAAUCGAAAAACAAACUGCUUCACCCAGCCGCGGUACAAUCGCUAGCCAACGCUACAGUCCUAUACGCAUCUUUAUCUGCUAUUUCUGGUUGUGAGCUACCAUCCGAACUGGCUAUGCAUUGCAUUCGGUUUUGCCAACAAUUCUCCAAGAAAACCACAUCAAAGUCCGCUACGAGAUUAAAACACGAGAUUGAAACCGGAGCCGUAUUUAUGAUAUGCAUAUUAAUUCAGGGCCAAACCAGUCCGAAAAAAACUAUGGAUAUAGUGAAAUAUCACAAUCUUGCUAUUUGUACAGCGAAAAUUCUCACAAAACUUUACGGGGACCAUUCGAUAUCCCCCGAAGAUAUUUUCUUAGUUGGCUGUUCAAAGGUCCUAUCUGGAGCUAACAAUUACUACUUAAACGAUACGAUGAGCAGUCGGGUGGCUCUCUCGAAAUGGUGCUCUGACCAGACUACUUCGUUCAUACGUACAUGGGGUCCCUCCACUCUGGAGGUAUGGAGCUCAGCCCACAGGCCAGCUAAGGAGAUGCGCAGUAAAUUUCUCAAGGCAGUCAGUAAAGUCUAUAGACUUCAUGAGGCAUUGAAUCCGGAUGGUUUGGAACCCACAUGCCUUCCUGGGUCAACAUACGUAAUUUUGAUAAUGAUAGCUAUUUGCAGUCGGCCAGGUUCUCCACAAAGUCGAUCUUGCAGCAAGCUACUCUCAAGGUUCGAUUUCCCAAAACAAAGUCCAGAACUUACCAAAUACCUCAAGGAAUCUGUUGAGGACAAUACCAAUGAAACAGUACUGUCGACGCUCAGGGGUGCCUACACUAGCAAAAAGAACUCGUCGCAGCAACCAUUUGCGGCGACUCAGCUCUGGCUCUUGCUUGAUUGUUUUGAAGGCAGUGAAGAUGAAGAGUAUUUAAUGGAUCAGAUCAAGCUGGUCGUUGAAACUCAGACCACCGAUAACGUAUCAUGGAGUCAAGUUAAGCAAAGUUUUGGUGAAUUUAUUCUCUCAAAAUACAAAACAAUUUGUGGCACUUCAAGCGCGCUAAAUUGUGAUGGAAAAGCCUUUCGGCCCACAGAGGCUUUGAAUAUAUUGGACCCUAAUAUUCAAGCACAGCAAACAGGCGACGCCAUUGGAAAUUUCGUCCUCCAAUUUGGCGACGGGUCAAGGCGAUUUGAAACUGCCAAUACGAAGGACUACGAGAGAACAUACGUGGCUCGAGUGGCUGAGAGUAUACUUGGAAAAUUAGAUAUGGGAGAGGGCCAGCAUGCGGGCCUGAAAGAUGCAAUCGAGGCUGACCUAAAAGGCUUGCCGAACUAUCUCCGGACGCGAGUUACUCCCGGGGAAGAAAUUAUCAAAGAGCCCGUUCAAGAUGAGUUAGAAAUUCCAGUACUUUCGGUGAUGCAAACGAUGGACGAUAGUACUGAUGUUGGCCAUGUAUCUCUAUCUAUUGGAAGUAACAAAUGA